AUAGUGAAGGGAAUUAGUGCGCUGUUGGUAGAGAGGAUCAUGUGGCUUUCCGUGGCAAGGUAGUGCGCGCGGUGCUGAGGCAGCAGCACUGAAUGGACAGGCGGCGACCGUGGCUGGAUGCUAGAAGUGAUUUCAAAAUGCCAACGUUUUCCGUUAUGUAUAAAGGAGCUGUCCUUAUAAGCAGGACAUUGAUGGGCCCUUACGGAGUAGAUCGAUCGGUACAUUCCUUGGAAUUCACUGACUGUGAGAAUGGAUUGGGAAUUAAAGUCAUUGGUGGCAUAAAGGAAUUAACUGGAGAGGAAUUUGGAGUCUAUGUGAAAAGGAUUUUACCAGGUGGCCUUGCUGCAAAUAAUGGGCGUCUACAGCCUGGAGACCAGAUUUUGGAAGUGAAUGGGGCAAGUUUAAUAGGAAUCACAUGUGAAAGGGCUGUUGACAUCCUCAGAGCAGCAUCUGCAACCAAUCGUAUGCGUCUUCUCAUUGCUAGGGAUGAAGAGGCGCGGAGAGAAUUUACUGAGCUGUUGGAGAAAUACGGAUCGAACAACAGCAGUACAGGCUCUACAAGAAAUUCACCAAGUCAGCAUGCAGGCAGAUGCUUAGACAGUACUUCAUCUGGGUCCUCAUCACGGUCACAGAGCCCACUACUUUUGAGCCCUGCUGCAUCUCAAAGCAUCUACAAUGGCACAGGUCCAUUGUUGCGGUCUCUCAGUCACCCAGGGGAAGGAGUCAUCCAGCUGAUCUCAGUGGCUCGCUCCUCCAGUCUGGGCGUCACUAUUGGCGGAGGGUCCAACAGACCUGAGGGACCUGCAGUGUUCAUCCAGGAAGUCCUGUCUGGUGGGGACUGCCACAGGGAUGGUCGGCUGAGACCAGGGGAUCAGCUAAUUGCCGUCAACAAAGAAUCAUUAAUAGGCCUGACCCACGAAGAAGCCAAAAGCAUACUUAACAAAGUCAAAUUCAGGUCUUUGUUGUUUCUGUGCCCUCGCAGGCAGGAGGGGACUGUGGAGAUCGCGUUCAUUCCGAGGAAAGUUCCCUUUCCCACCAGUAGCUCUUUACACAAUGGCAUCCAGAAGGGCGUGGGGAAUGGGUUCAAUUCCUGCCGGUUAAAAGUGCACCUCAGAUCGCCAGAGACACAGCACGAGGAGCCUGCACCAGUGCCUUCUUCAUCUCCUGAUGUAUGUCCCCCAGACAUCUUUGUCUCAGGAUCCAGCACUUCACAGCCAACAGCUGGAACAGCCAAACCCAAGAUCUCCCUGGAUCCUCACAUCCGGCUUAGAUCAGACAAAUUAGACCUGGCUCUUAGGUAUCUGGGGUUAGAUGUUACAGAAGAAAAGAAGAGGAUCUUGAGACAGAGCAUAACAACAGACAGUCAAGGAACUGUGGCCUAUAGAGACUUUGUGGAGGCCACGCGAGAUAUUCUGCAAGACAAGCUGAAUGAGGCGGGCAUUUCCCAUGGGACUUUUAUGUUCUCUUAUCAUGAAGCAGCCAGCCUGAUGGACACCUCUGCGUUCCACUCUCCGCAGACUUGUGAUUCAGAGAACAGCUACAACGCUGAGGAACUGGAUCAGUUUCAAUCAGAGAUGGCUCAGCUUCAGCAUCAAAUGAAACAAUUAAAGACAAUACUGAAGGACACAGAGAACAGCAAGAAAACACUGGAGGAAGAGCUGCAGAAGACCUCAGAGAAAGCCACAGCCACAGUGGUGGAGAAUGAGACUCUGAGGAGCCAGCUGCAGGUUGCAGAGGCGGUGCAGAGGCAGACACACAGCGCCGAGCAGGACUAUGAGGAGGUGAUUCAGCUGCUGGAGGCGGAGAUCAAAGACCUGAAGAGUCAACUGGCUGAGAAGAAGCAGAAAGGCCUGGAGGGUACACAAGAGGACUUCCUUGAACUUAAGAGAAGACUCUCUGUCUUUGAUUGCCAACUGAGGAAAUCGGAACUGACCAGAAAACAUCUUGAAAUUUCCAACAAAAAGCUACUGGGAUUUGCCCAGAAUGUUCACCGAGUGCUGUCUGCCACCUGCUUAUUUGGUGCUGAAACUGGGAGUCUCGGAGUGUCUCCAGUGGCUGCCGUCCCUGACACCCCUCCCCUUGUCCCAGACCCUGCGGGUCAGCUGGCAGCUCAAGCCAAAGAGCUGGUGGACAGGGUGUGUUCCUUCGGCACUGAACACGCUUCCCUAUGUUGUGUGGAGGACUGUAACACCGUAGAAGAGGAAGAUUGCAUCACUGAAGAGCCUGAGACAGGUGAGGGGGACAUCAGCAGAGAUUGAAGACCUGCACACAGUACUUGCAGUAAUCCGUUGCUACUGUCUCCCCUCAUUCUUCACUCUGAUCUCCUGGGAACUUCUGAAAACACGAGACACACAAUACAGUACAAGGAAAAGGACUUGGGGAAGUAACAGGGCAUACAGGGACCAAGGAUUUCAGUCUGUCAACAGGAAGCAGAGCUGAUCACUUCAGAAGAAGCAACAACUUCAAUCCGUUGCAUAAAAGCAUUAAUGGUUAUUCUAAUGCAGGAGUGUUUUAUAUACGCUGCACAUAGAGCACUGUGAAACACAGUUUAUGAUUUUUCUUAAAUACAGCUAUGUUGAAAUAAUUAUCCUUGAAGAUGUUCUGUAUUUUUUCUGACAGUUAACAAAUGAGAUGUGCUAAUAACUGGGUAAGUCUAACUAGUGCAGCUCCUGAAGAGUCUGCUGGAGUGGUGAGGUAGGAAGGCACUUAAGGACUGCUGUUGCCAACAAAGAUAUGAUGCAAUAAAACAGCUCAUUUCGGUUAUGAUGUGAAAAUUCUGCCUAGAUCCAUUUUGUGCACAUCACAUAGUUUACUGUUGUGGAUUUCUGUAGUUAAAUACAAAAAGAAGUGCAUAUUACCAUGUUGUUUCAGUAUCAAUGCAACAGUAUUGCAUUGUGGAUUUCAUUGUAAGUCACUGACUGACCAAAAAGAUGUUUGCAUAUGUUAGCACAUAGAUUCAUUGUGGUAUCAGAUUGUCUAGUCGAUCUCUCUUGUAUGGUCUAAAUUCAUUUGAUGUACUGCCAUUUUGAUUCCUUCUCGUCUCAACAAAUACAUCCACUGAGGAUGCUGAGGCUGAUGUAAUUCUUCACCUUCUGUUCUACCACAAUGUAUGACACAUUUGAUAUAAUUGCACAUUUGUAUGUGUUGCAUAUAUUACAGUAAGUGCUCUGACAUUUUGUAUAA